AGCUUGCAGCCCUGGUACCGCUUUUGGACGCAUUUCAUCUGGCAUUCUGGCAACCCUACACUGGAUGACAAGUAAAUUUUAUUUUGCAAAAUAAACUUGUAAAUUAGUAUAUUCGUUAACAAUGGCGCGUCGCUAUGAUUCCCGCACCACGAUCUUCUCGCCGGAGGGCCGUUUGUACCAGGUGGAGUACGCCAUGGAGGCCAUCUCGCACGCCGGAACCUGUCUAGGAAUCCUCGCAGAGGACGGCAUCCUUUUGGCCGCCGAGUGCCGCAGCACAAACAAACUUCUCGACAGCGCCAUUCCCUCGGAGAAAAUCUACCGCCUGAAUGACAACAUGGUCUGCUCCGUAGCCGGCAUCACCUCCGAUGCCAACGUACUGACCGCCGAACUUCGCCUGAUUGCUCAGCGAUACCAAUUCAGCUACGGAGAGGUGAUUCCCUGCGAGCAGCUGGUGUCUCAUCUGUGCGACAUCAAACAGGCAUACACCCAGUAUGGUGGAAAGCGGCCCUUCGGUGUAUCGUUGCUCUACAUGGGAUGGGACAACAAGUACGGCUACCAGCUGUACCAGUCGGACCCCAGUGGCAACUAUGGAGGAUGGAAGGCAACCUGCAUUGGAAACAAUUUUGGGGCUGCGAUCUCUAUGCUGAAACAGGAGCUGGCCGACAAGGAGAACGUUAAGCUAACCCUGGAGGACGCCAAGGAUCUGGCUGUGAAGGUGCUCAGCAUGACCCUUGACACCACCAAGCUGACCCCGGAGAAGGUCGAGAUGGCCACGUUGCAGCGUGUGGACAAUAAGACCGUAUAUAGUGUCCUGGAGAAGCCCGAUGUAGAGAAGCUAAUUGAGAAAUACAACAAAGUGCAGGCGGAGGCAGAGGCUGCCAAGAAAGAGAAGCAAGCGAAGCAGCCGACUAAGUAAUCCUGAGGAUAUAUAAUUAUUGAUUAAGGGUCUAUCCUGAUUUUUGUAAUCGAAGUUGGAAGAGUGAAAUAAAAUUUCAAAAAAACAAAAA